AUGGAGUCCUUUGGUGUUGAAGGUGAAUCUGAAACGCUAAAGGCAAUUUUUCUGCCCUUUAUAUCGCCGAGUCACCUCGUACCCGUUGUAGACAUAGCCAGGAUCUUCGCCAUGCAUGGCGUGGAUGUCACCAUAAUCACCACACCAGCAAACGCCGCCGUUUUCCAAGGCUCCAUAGACCGUGACGCUAGCCGCGGUCGCUCCAUUCGAACCCACCUCGUCAAGUUACCGCAAGUGCCAGGUUUGCCAGAAGGAGUGGAAACCAUCAACGCUUCCACUCCCAUGGACAUAGCCCUCAAAGUGAGCGAGGCACUAAACCUUCUCGAACCCCAAUUCCGACAAAUCUUCCACCAACUCAAUCCUGAUUUUAUAGUCUCCGACAUGUUUUACCCUUGGAGUGUCGAUGCUGCUGCUGAGUUGGGAAUUCCGAGGGUUAUCUACGUUGGUGGAACUUACUUUGCUCACUGUGCGAUGGACUCUCUCGAACGGUUUGAGCCUCACAAAAAGGUAGACUCGGAAGAUGAAAGUUUUUUGAUUCCUGGGUUACCCUACAACUUGGAGAUGACUCGUUCGCAGAUACCGGAACGGUUUAAGACACCCACUGAGUUCUCCUAUAUAAUGAAAAAGGUUAAGGAAUCGGAGAAAAAGAGCUACGGGUCACUGUUCAAAAGCUUUUAUGCGUUUGAAGGUCCAUACGAGGAACUCUACAGGACAAUCGUGGGGACCAAGAGUUGGAACGUGGGACCCGUUUCGUCAUGGGUGAACCAAGAUGUUUCGGAUAAGCGUUCAAGGGGGCAUGGCAAAGAGGAGGAAGAAGGAAACGGGAAAGCAGGUUGGCUUGCAUGGCUUGAUUCAAAGAAAAAAGGAUCUGUUGUGUAUGUGUGUUUUGGGAGCAUGAACAACUUCCCUGACACACAGCUUGUGGAAAUAGCUCAUGGGCUUGAAGAUUGUGGCCAUGAUUUCCUCUGGGUGGUGGGGAAAAUUAACGAGGGUGAAGGCAGGGCUUUUCUGGAGGAGUUUGGGAAGAGGGUGGAAGCAAGCAACAAGGGUUGUCUCAUAUGGGGUUGGGCCCCACAACUUCUCAUUCUUGACCAUCCUGCUGUUGGAGGUGUUAUGACUCAUUGUGGGAUGAACACAGUUAUUGAAACUGUGGACGCGGGUUUGCCCAUGGUAACGUGGCCACUUUUUGCAGAACAGUUUUUCAAUGAAAGAUUGCUGGUGGACGUGCUGAAAAUCGCAGUGCCAAUUGGAGCAAAGAAAUGGAAAAGUUGGAGUGAUUUUGGUGAUGAGAUUAUGGAGAGGGGGAAGAUAGGAGAUGCAAUUGCUUUGUUGAUGGGUGAAGGAGAAGAGUGUGAAGAGAUGCGAAGGAGAGUGAAAGCCCUGAGCCAGGAGGCAAAGAAAGCAAUCCAGAUCGGUGGCUCCUCUUACAACAGUUUGAAAGAUGUAAUUCAGGAGAUGAAGUCAUUCAAACUUGAAAAGCUCAACCCGAAAGAUGAGAAGCCUUUGGCUUAG